GCUGCCAUCAUGGUGAACACCGUUCAUUCCUACCGUACACUUCACAAUCAUGCCUGACCAUUGCGAUCUCAUGCAAACGGCCAAGGACUUUGGUCAGGGCCAUGUGUUUACAUUUUGGGAUCAACUCAGCUCUGCGGAACGUUCAGCCUUACUAGAUGACGUGGCAGAGGUUCAAUUCGAUCACCUCGGUAGCUUGUUACAAUUACCGUCCAAAGUAUCCCCAGACCUUGGUAAUCGCUUGCUUCCGCCGGAGCCGGAGAUAUGCGAAUCACUUUCCGUUCUGCGCGCUCAUAACCCAGAGACACUCGACGGAUAUCGGAGGUCAGCUCUCACGGCCGUCCGUGAUGGUAAAGUAGCUGUGUUACUUCUUGCUGGUGGACAGGGUACUCGUUUGGGAUUCCACUUCCCUAAAGGCUUGUAUUCCCCCGGUCUUCCUUCCGGACGUUCCUUGUACCAGAUCCAAGCUGAACAGCUUCUCAGAGUCGCACAAUUGGCACAACAAGAGUUUGGCUCCAAAGCAACCAUCCCAUGGUAUAUCAUGACCUCUGAACAUACAAAGGAAUGUACUGUACUGUACUUCAAGGCGCAUAACUAUUUCGGACACGAUCCCAACAACGUCGUUUUCUUUGAGCAAUUUUCCUUACCCGUCUUCAGUUUGGACGGAAAAAUUUUAAUGGAGAAAAAGUAUAAGCUAUGUACUUCUCCUGACGGAAAUGGGGGACUAUAUCAAGCACUGAAGAGGCGCGGCAUUUUGGAAGAUAUGUCUGCUCGAGGCGUGGAAUAUGUGCAAAUCUACGGAGUCGAUAAUAUACUCGUCAAAUUGCCAGACCUUCACUUCGUUGGGUUUUGUAUUGCAAAAUCAGCGGAAUGUGCCGCAGAGGUUGUCGAGAAAGUUGAUGCAGAUGAACCCAUUGGCAUUGUUGUUAGGGUUGACGGUCGUUACCGUGUUGUAGAAUACACUGAACUGCCUCGAGAGAUUGCUUCUCUUCGAGUCGAUUCUGAAGCCAGCCCACAUACAGCACCGACCCAGGGUACUUCACCGAUGGUUGUCGAGCAAGCUAGGUCGCGUCUCGUAUACAGUCAUGGCAAUAUCUGCGUCCAUUUCGUGACGCGAGAGUUUCUUCAACGGGUUUGUGAACCGGAAUGCUUGACCUCCUUAAAUCAUCACGUGGCGAAAAAGAAAGUCCCUCAUAUCAAUCUGUUCACUGGAGAAUCAGUUGUCCCCACGGAUCCCAAUGGCGUCAAAUUUGAGAAGUUUGUUUUUGAUGUAUUCCCUUUUGCCAAGAGUUUCGCUAUUUGGGAAGUGCCAAGGAAAGAGCGUUUUUCUCCUCUAAAAAACGGACCGUCUGCAUCAAGUGAUUGUCCCUCAACCUCUCGUUCAGACUACCUAUCAUUCCAUGCCAGUCUGGCUCUUGCAGCUGGUGCCGAAUUUGUCAAUUCCCCUGCCAAUCAAAAAGAAUCUCCUAGCCGCGAUCACUCAAGAACUGUUAUCGAAAUCUCGCCGCUUGUUAGCUAUGCCGGGGAGAAUUUGGAAUCACUGAAAGGAGUGCAAUUGCAAGGAAUCAAUUUAUUGGAAAUAGACAAAGAUACUGGUCAACCAGUACUCAUCCGGAUGACCAAUAAUAGUAGCUAAUGUAGCUGCAUCUGAUUCCGACAAGGUGCGUGACGUCCUCCACUUUUUUCUCAACAGACUGAUUGAUCUACUUGGCAAAUACUUGAAUUGUCAUCUUCAUUUUUUGAUUACACUUUUACCUAUUGGCUCUGCACACAAAUCACAAACUUAUUUCUGCUUUCAAUAAAUAUCUACCACCAUUUC